UGAAGUGUAUGUGAGUGUGUGUUUACCCCCUCCGAGCGCUCAACUGUGGCCGGGCUCCUCCAACCAACCACAAUUCUGACAUUUAACUCCGGAAACACAAAUGCGAGCAGCGCUGCGUUACAUCUUAAAGCGAGACUAAACGGCGAGGCGUUUGAUCAGCUUUCAGGCGGCGGUCAGAACUGGCUACGAUGUCGAGGUCGGUGAAGAAGAGGCAGGCGGACCCCAAAGUGGUUCAGUACGUGUGGUCGGCCAUCGAAGUCAUCCGAAACCAGAAGCAGAUCGCAAACAUGGACAGAAUCUCAAAGUAUUUAAGUCGCGUGUACGGGAUGCAUCCAAAAGACACGGCCAGGCAGCUGGUCCUAGCGGUGAAAGAUGGGCUGGUGGUGGAGACCCUCACGGUUGGGUGCAAGGGAUCCAAAGCUGGGAUCGAGCAGGAGGGAUACUGGCUGCCCGGAGAUGAGAUGGAGCAGAUGUCAGAAGAAGUCAAGCCCUUUCUGCUCUCUGAAGCUCCUUUUGCAGAUGACUGGGAGGCAGAAAGUCAUGACUGGUACUGCUUUGAGUGUCAUCUUCCUGGAGAUGUUCUGGAAUGUGACGGAUGUUUUCGUGUCUAUCAUCUCCGGUGUGUGCCUGAGGACAAUCGGCCACGGGACACCACCUCCCAUUGGCAGUGUGGCAUCUGCAGGGGCAGUAAAAGGAAGAAUUUGAACAAACAGGAUAUGACGACAUACCUGAAGUUCAUUCUCGCUCGAAUGAAGGAAAGGGCUGUGGACUUGCACAAGAAAGGUAAAGAGUCGAAACAACCCAUAUACAAAAGACUGAUACACACACCUCUGGAUGUGGAUAACAUACAAGAGAACAUCUCAGAAGGGAAAUACAAAACCUUCGAAGAGUUCAGGGCUGACGCUCAGCUUAUAGUUCACAACAUAUGCAUUCUGCACGGAGUGAACAGCGAUCAAGCAGAAAUUGCCAGACUUCUCUAUAAUGACACGUGCCACGAGCUAAACGAGUUAAUGUUGUGCAGAAAUUGUUUCUAUCUCUCGAACGCAAGACCUGAGAACUGGUUUUGUUUCCCGUGUAGUCCAAAUCACGAGCUGGUUUGGGCCAGGAUGAAAGGGUUCGGUUACUGGCCGGCCAAAGUUUUGCAAAGGGAGGGCAGCCAGGUGGACGUCCGUUUCUUUGGGCACCAGCACCAAAGGGCUUGGAUUCCCUCCGACAACAUCCAGGAUAUCUCUGUCAGUGUGCAGCAGCUGCAGGUAAAGCGCAGCGCUGGCUGGAAGAAAGCAUGCGAGGAGCUGGAGCUUCAUCAGAAAUUUGUGAGGGAGGGCCGCACCUGGAAGGGGAAGCUGGAGGAGAAGAACGAUAGAUCAGACAGGCACGAAAGAUCAGAAAGGCACGAUAGAUCAGAAAGGCAAGAUAGAUCAGAAAGGCACGACAGACCAGAAGACAGACUGGAGGAGGCGGAGUCAAGCAUCUCAUCCACGUCCAAUGAGCAGGCAAAAAGCAACCAAGAACCCAAAGCUAAGAAAAGCCGUCGAUCUCAAGUCCCUGAGCCCAAAGAAGAGGAACCCGAGCCUGAGGUGGAGGCCGUCAGCUCCAGUCAAGAGAUUCAGACGAGCGUUUCCCAUCACCCCGAGCGUAUGUCCGUCUCCACCCAGACCAAAAAGUCUGGCACGUCGUCUUCCUCUUCAUCCUCGACUCCCCGCAUGAUUCACAAAGGAACGCAGACGGUCAACGAAGGCAACUGCCAAAACAUGUGCCACGACAAAUACACCAAGAUCUUCAACGACGUUAAAGAAAUGAUGAAGGCGGAGAACAAACGAGAGACGGAACGUGUUCUGAAAGAAGCUUUAGACAAGUUGCGAUCAGAGAUGGACGAAGAGAAGAGGCAGGCGGUGAGCAAAGCCGUUUCAAGCACACAAGGCGAGAUGGAUCGAAAGUGCAAACAAGUGAAGGAGAAGUGCAAAGAAGAACUGAUGGAGGAGAUGAAGAAGAUGGUAGCUCAGCAUAAACAACUUCUAUCCCAGACCAAGAAGAAGCAGUGGUGUUAUAACUGCGAAGAGGAGGCGAUGUAUCACUGUUGCUGGAACACUUCAUACUGCUCCAUUAAAUGCCAGCAGGAGCAUUGGCACGCCGACCACAAACGUACCUGUCGCCGGAAGAGAUGAGACCCACCUGGCCACGCCCACUCUCUAGACUCCUCCUCUGCAAGCCACGCUAUUGGAUAAAGCGCUUAAAUUCUUACCACCUGGAUUCGUCAUCUGUAGCCAGCAUUUAAAACCCCAGCUUUCUAAAACACUUAAACCGGGACAUUUUCCCCGAAGUGAAUGCUAACCGGGCAGCGAGUACAGGAUUUUACCCGGAGACGGUUUUAUGUUUGGAUUUUACUUUUCGUAUCUCUUUUGCUUUUAACCCUUUUAUUUGCUGGAAAACAGCCUCGCUUGCGUACAGACUAGCUAAAAUGUGAAGUACUCGUGCUCUUUUUAAAUGACUUAAUCUUAAGCUAUGUAGAUAUAUUUGACUUUUUAUAACGAGUGAAUCAUGUCAGCCUCCUGCAUUGAGUGAAGUUGGUGCUUUUAAAGUCGACGGUUGGUUUUUAUCAGUGGUUGUGAUGUGAUGUUUUUUGGGAACAGGGUUUAAAGAUGGCAUGUCAUGUCUGUCUGAAUGAUACAAUCUUCCAUUAAUGAAUAUGCACAUUUCAUGGUUACUUUUUUUUUUUUUUUUAAUAGACUUUUUCAUUUUUAAUGAGAAAACUAAAUUAUGUGCUAAUUUUGGGUCCAUUUCUGUAGCGUACGUGUAUUAGAUUUUCGCCAAGCGGGAUCUUUAGUGAGGUUCGUGUGUGUAUCCUAAUUUUUUGUGUGGUCAUAACCAAGUCCUUACAGAUGAAAUGUGAAAAUAAUGUGAUAAUCUCAUUAAAUAGCAAAAUUGAAUCAGAAAUGAGAUCAGUUUAAUUAAACAAUCAGAAAGGAUCGCUAAGGGGUUAAUUAUUAAGCAUGACCUGACAUGGCCUUCUGCACUUUGUAACCUGAGGGAAAAGUUUAAAGGGAUAGUUCACUUUAAAAUGAACAUUCUGUCAUCAUUUACUCAUCCUCAUAUUGUUCUAAACCUGUAUGAAUUUCUUGUAUGAAGAACACAAAGGUAGAUAUUUUGAGAAAUGAUUGUAAACACACAGCAGAUAGUGUCCAUUGACUUCCAUAGUAGGAAUAAAAAAUAUGAUGGAAUUUAAUGGGUACCAUCAACUGUGUGCUUUCCAUAAUUUAUCAAAGUAUUUUCUUCAUCAUUUAUCACUAUACUUCUAAAAUAUAUAUAUUUUUUCCUACUAUGGAAGUCAAUGGUCACUCUAUCUGCUGUGUGAUUACCAUAAUUUCUCAAAAUAUCAUCUUUUAUGUUCAUCAGAAAAAAAUUCAUACAGGUUUAGAAGAACAUAUGAGGAUGAGUAAAUGACAGAAUUUUCAUUUUAAAGGUGCAGUGUGUAAUUUUAAGAAGAAUCUAAUGACAUAAAUGCAAUUUUAUAUUCAUAACUAUAUUAUCAGUGGUGCAUAAAGACAUUAUAUGAUGAAUCGUUAUGUGUUUAUUAUCUUAAUAAGACGUUUUUAUCUACAUACGCCGUGGGCCCCCUUACAUGGAAGUUGCCAUUUUGUGUCGCCAUGUUUCUACGGUAGCCCCAAACUGCUGUACAGAGUCACUACUGUAUUUUGUCUUAGACAACAACAUGUUUGUCCUGUGGCGGCUACCGUAGCUUGCAAUUCACAAUCUCACGGCAAGAUGGCGCUAAAAUUUACCUUUUAAAGAAAAUUUUAGCGUAAUCUAGUGGUGAGGUUGCGAAUUGCAACCAACGGCUCAGUCCAAUGCUCACCCCUCGCUUUUGAAACACACAGAGAAGCUACGGUAGCCGCCACCAGACAAACAUGUCAUCAUCGGAGACAACUUGGUAAAAAAAAUUGUCUGUUAAGGGCUUCUGUAGAAACAUGGCAGGCCCCAAAAUGGCGACUUUCAUGUAAGGGGACCCUCAGUGUAUGUAGUUAAAAACGUCUCAUUCUAAGGUAAUAAACACAUAACGGUUCAUUAUGAAAGGUCUUUAUACACCCCUGAUAAUAGUGUUGAAUAUUAUUUUGCAUUUCCGUCAAGAGAUCCUUUUAAAAAUUACACACUGCACCUUUAAAGUGAACUAUCUCUUUAAAGGAUAGUUCACAUAGAAUAUAUACAUUUUGUUACCUAAACAUUCAUAUAGUUCAAAACCCAUUAUAAUUGGUUGUUAAAGGAUAGUUCACCCCCCCAAAAAAGCUGUCAUUUACUCACCCUCAAGCUGAUACAAACCUGUAUACAUUUCUUUGUUCUGUAAACACAAUAUAUGUGUAAUCCAGCUUAAAGCAUGAGCACCAUUGACUUCCAUUGUAUUAUUUUUUUCCUACUAUGGAAGUCAAUGGUGCUCAUAAACGGUAACACUGCUCAAAAUAUCUUCAUUUGUGAUUAGCAGAACAUCCAAAUUAAUAAAUGGGUGUAUCAACUUGAUGACAUCAUUUUCAUUUUGGGGUGAACUAUCCCUUUAAGUAUAAUAUCCAAAUUUUUCCUUAAUAUGAAAUAAAAUUAACCUGUUUUGGGUGAACUACUCUACUACUUAAACGUUUAAGUAAUGAUUGCAAUAACAAAUGUUUAAUGCAAAUGAGGUAAGUUGAGUGAUUUGUUUAGAUCUGGAAAACCAGUUAAAGGCUAUAUAGGGUGACCGAGGGCCUUUUGGUGUUUUUGCACAGACCUGUUUCUAUGUGCACCUUUCGCUCUCAAUUUCUGGAUGUGUUUAAAAUCGCAUAUUUACAUCCAGGUUUCUGUCUUUGCCCCAACCUCACUGUUGCACUACAUGUAAAUAACUGUUCGCCGCUAACCGUGACUGAUGCCGUUUGCACGUUAGCCUAUGUACAUUUCAUGAACGCAUUACCUAUGUAUUUGAUAAAAAAGGUCUGUAAAGAAAAAUAUUUGUGAUAUAACGGUAAUAUGUUCCAUUCCAGUGUGCAUGAUGAAAGCAGCUUGUGUAUACCUUAUUUUCAGAUCUACGUUUUCCAUUCUUGCGUGUCAUCGGUGAUGUCUCCUUUUGGUUUUGUGGGGUGAUUUGAAGCCACUUUGUAACUGCAAGUUAACCCUUUUAUAAAAUGUAUUUUUUAACCUUAUUUAUGCGGACAGAACAAUGACUACUGAGAAUUCCCGACACCCGGCGAGAAGUUUGCUUUAGGAACACCUGUUUUUCAUGUGCAUAUGUGGUGUAAACGUUUUCUCCUUUCUGACAUCCCUGAUGUCUUUCUGCAUUACAUUAUGUAACAGUACUAUGUAUAAAUAAACAUAUCAACCGGU